CCCAUCAAAAGUCAAGCAAGCGAAGUGCCAUGAAGCUGACCCUCACCAUCGGACUAAUCCUUGUGGCCGCCGGAGUUCUGGAGGCCCAGCCGCAGGGCAGGAUCGCCGGCGGAGAAGACGCCGUUCUCGGCCAGCUGCCCUACCAGGCGGCACUCUCCAUCGGCGGAAGCUACAACUGCGGCGCCGUGAUCAUUGGCCAGCGUUACGCCCUCACUGCCCUCACCUGCGUCUGCUCCGAUGGCAAGGAUAACCCAUGGCCUGCUGUCCUGUUCGCAGUGCACGUGGGAUCGGUGGAUCUCUACAAUGGCAAGCAGAUUCGCGUGGAGGAGAUCACCAUCAACCCGAACUACAGCAGCCUGAAGACCGGAAUCGCCCUGCUGCGUUUGCAGGAGGAGAUUACUUUCAGCGAGAUAAUCAGUGCCAUUCCACUGUCCCAGGACGUUCCGCCCAUGGGCGCCCAGGUGGAGGUUUCCGGCUGGGGCCGCACCACCGAGUCCGAGGUGAACAUGCACCGCACCCUGCAAAUUGGAGCCGCCGAGGUGAUGGCACCACGCGAAUGCUCCAUGGCCAGACGGGAUGAGCUGCUGGUUAAUGACGACCAAGUGCUGUGCCUGGGUCAUGGACGUCGGCAGGGAAUCUGCAGUGGAGACAUUGGAGGCCCGGCCGUCUACCAGGGCCAGCUGGUGGGUCUGGGUGCCCAGAUCCUCGGCGAGUGCGGCGGAAUGCUGCCCGAGCGAUUCAUUAGCAUUGCGGCCAACUACGAUUGGAUCCAGCAGCAAAUGUAAUAAACCAAUGUCGAUAGCAAAAGCAUUAUUAAAAGCUUA